AUGGUGGAUAAGGUGUACGGAAUGAGUGCCUCGGGAAGGGCUAUCGGGUUGGAGAUGGAGGAAGAUGCCUGGUCCUACUCCUUCCCACCAUCCACAGAAUCUCUUCCCCUACGCACCACGAUUGAGACGCGAAAACCAGCUGAUCCAAACAAUAAAGUAAUGAAUAAGACUGACGAAAAUGGCAGUGGAAUAUUACCGGAGGCGAUUGGCUUGAAAGCAUCUACCGACUUCUACAGACUGAACGAUAAAGCUGGCAGUGUGGACUCGCAAGGAAGCGACUUCUCGGUUGACUCUACUGCUGGAAACGACAGUCUUAAUGGCCACUCAGCCUCGUUAGCGAGUGAGCCCAAGCCCAUCUUGGUCUCCGCAGAAAAGCCCCCGGUGUCCAAGCUAUCAAGAUCACAUAGCUCCUCAAGAUCAAGUGCAAGUAAUCUGGCACCUUUGAUUUCCUCCAAGUCUACUCCUGCUGACCCAGAGACCACCAGGAAGGACAUCCAUUCAUCGAGCUUCCAGCAAAACUCUGCUUUCUUGAACCUUGAUACUUCUUCAACGGCUCUUGAGCCAAUUGUCUCAACCCCAGCAACACCAAACCAGUCUUCGUUUUUUGCCAGUUUCCGAUCUGCAGCUCAAUCGGCAGCUACGUCGUUCCAGGGGCUCUCCAGCCCCACCCAGGCCUCGUUGAAGGGCCACCAGAGGAACAUAUCCGAUCUCAGCAUAGACUCUGCAACUCCUUCAACUCCAGUGCCGGUCAGGUUUAACGAAACGAUUCCCGAAGAGGAGGGCCAGUUGGUCCAAACUCCAGAGAUGGUGAGUUAUAGGCGAACCAGACGGAGGAAAAGCACUGCGACGUCGAUAUCAUCCAAGGACGCAGUCAAGUCGCCUUCUUCAGCUACAAAGGAUGAAAAUACGCCCACAAAACAAUCAGAUUAUGACAAAAAUCUGUAUAUUGACGAGAGGUUCCUGGAUACUCAGUACAGAUUCGCGACGCUCAAGAGGAAUUCCGACUUUCACGAGCUAUUCAAGGACAUCCCCCAAGAAGACAGACUGUUGGAUGACUUCAGCUGUGCAUUGAGCAGAGACUUGCUGCUUCAGGGAAGACUGUAUGUUUCUGAACAUUACAUCUGUUUCAACUCGAACCUUCUGGGAUGGGUGACGCAUCUGCUGAUCCCCUUGAAAGAUAUCAAACUGUUUGAGAAAAGGGUAACUGCUGGGUUGUUCCCCAAUGGUAUCAUCAUAGAGACUGCAGAGACCAGGUAUAACUUUGCGAGUUUGAUCUCGAGGGACUCGACGCUGAACUUCCUGGAAACCGUAUGGAGCAAGAGCGCGAAUCUGCAGAAUCUGGAACCUGGUGCUUUGAAUGGGAAUGGGAAUGGCCUGAACGGCAAGAAGAACAGUUUGCAAAUUGAGUUCGAAAAGGAAAUAUUGUCAAUUGAUGAGGAUGAUUCGGACGACAGCAAUGCUGAGACCUCCUCAGACAAGUAUGAGAAUAUUGGUCCUUCUGCUCAUGAGCCCACUGUCAUUGACCUUACGCUUGCUCCUAAUGAGAAGGUGCUGACCAAUAACGUGUUGAACGGGCCUCUGGGACUGGUGUAUACCAUGAUGUUCGGACCAAAUACCAACUUCCACAGACACAUCAACGAGCUCAACGAUGGCUCCAACUUCUCCGACUAUUCCAAGUUCGAAGACAACAUCAGGUCGUACAAGUUUGAGAGAGCGUUGAACUUUUCUAUCGGGCCAAAAUCUGCAGUUUGUGAGGUAGAGGAGGUCAUUGACAGUUACGACCUCGACAAAGGUAUUGUCUUAUUGACCAAGACCAGAACGCCUAACGUGCCGAGCGGAGGCUCUUUUGUGGUGAACACAAGGUAUGUGUUCACAUGGGCAGAGAACAACUCGACUCGUUUGCAGAUCUCAUACUUCAUAGAUUGGACUGCGCGAAGCUGGAUCAAAAGCAUGAUCGAAUCAGAGACAGCUGCUGGGCAGGCAAAGUUCAGCAAGGUUGUGAUGGAACAGUAUGAACUGAAACUGUCGGACUACUCCAACGUUGAAUCUCAUGUUGAGAAGGCCCCAGCCGACGUCAAAGCGACUCCAAGCGUGGUGAAGACUCCAGAAAUGCCCAAAGCAAUUACUGUUGUGAAAAAAGAGUUGGACUAUGCAAAAUACCUGAUGCUGUUGAUUUUGGGUCUGCAAUUGGUCAUCCUAUGGCGACUAGGUCAGCUAAGCAGAGAUCUGGCCCUGGUGAAGACGGCGAUAUGA